GUGCUGAUAACAAAAUUCGAGAAUCGGUUUGAUCCAACGACAGCAUUAGAUCAGAUGGACUGUUUCAAAUUAAUGGACGUUGCUAUGGACACAACAUUUACGUGCUUAUUAACACAACGACUGGCAUUACUAACCACUAACCCUAAUUCUGGCUAG